AUGGGAAGAAGGAUCAGCUGCUCUUCCUCCUCAGCUCUCUUCUUCGUCUUCCUCCUCCUCAGCUGCUCCGUCUCCAGUGGGGCGGAUACCUUAUCUCCUGAUCGACCUCUCCUCGAUGACGGAGUAACCGCCUUGGUUUCCUCCGGCGGCAACUUCCGGCUGGGAUUCUUCGGCCCCGACGGUUCCACCAACCGCUACGUCGGCAUAUGGUACAACAACAUCCCCGACCAAACCGUCGUGUGGGUCGCCAACCGUCGACACCCAAUCACCACCCUCUCCGGCAACCUCUCUUUGGCCACCAACGGCACACUCACUAUCACCGGCGAAGACAAUACCACCGCCAUCUGGUCUUCGGGGUCGCCAGCCUCAGGCCUCAGGAAUCCAGUCGCGCGGAUCCUCGACGAUGGCAACUUCGUGGUCCAAGAGGCUGGCAGCAACGGCAACGACUCUAACAGCUUCGCAUGGCAGAGCUUCGACUUCCCGACGGACACUCUCUUGCCGGGCAUGGCGUUGGGGCAAAAGCAGCUACGCACAGGGGCCAUCCUCAAUAUCAACCUCACGGCCUGGAUGAGCUCCACGGACCCCGCUCCAGGCCAAUAUGUCUUCGGAUUAGACGUGCGAGGCGACCCCCAACUAUUCAUCUGGUCCGAUGCACGACCCUACUGGCGCGGAGGCCCAUGGAACGGCCGCUGGUUCAGUGGCGUCCCAGAGGUGAGGGACGGCGCCGACGGAGUCAUCAGUUUCAACUUUAACAAAGAUCAUCUCAGCUACAGGCCUGUCUCCCAGUCUUCGACCAUCGUGAGGUGGACCAUGAACUCCUCCGGCCAGCUACAACUCCUCGUGUGGGCUGAACAGAGCUGGAUUGUCAGUUGGUACAUACCCAAGGACCGCUGCGAUCAAAUUUUCCUGUGCGGCCCCAACAGUUACUGCAGAUCCAACAUCUCGCCGCCGUGCACAUGUUUGCCGGCGUUUCAUCCAAGGAACCAACGUAAUUGGAAUAUGUUGGAUGGGUCAGACGGCUGCACGAGGACGACGCCUCUGGACUGCCUGAACAACACCGAUGGAUUCUUCACACAGCGUGAUACCAAGUUGCCCGACACGUCCAGAUCGACAGUAGUUGCAAACUUGAGCUUGGAGGGGUGCAGGGCUUUGUGCUUGAGCAACUGCUCCUGCAGAGCGUAUGCUGAACUGGACAUAAGAACUGGGAGUGGCUGCUUGAUCUGGACAGAGGAUCUCACUGAUAUGUCAGUGUAUCAGAGUGGGCUAGGACAAGAUCUAUAUGUCAGAUUGGCAGCGGCAGAUUUAGCAUCAGCUUCAGCAUCUGAAUCUUCGCACCAUCAUUCUGGCCGGAAUAUCUUACUGACUGUGGUUCUUCCUCUGGCAAUUCUUCUGUUCCUUGCUUGUGUUGCUUACUCGAUUUGGAGGUGGAAGAAGAGAACUUCUCAGAUUCACUAUGAAGCAGAAGACAAGGACAUGGAAUUGCCAUUGUUCGACUUGAAUACCAUUAAAGACGCCACCGAUGACUUCUCGCCAGACAACAAGCUUGGUGAAGGAGGCUUUGGCCCUGUGUACAAGGGUAAAUUGGGUGAGGAACAAGAGAUAGCAGUGAAAAGAUUAUCCAAGACAUCCACACAGGGAGUUGAUGAGUUCAAAAAUGAGAUCACAUUGAUCGCGAAACUGCAACAUCGAAAUCUUGUUAAGCUUCUAGGCUGUUGCAUCCAAGGAGAGGAAAGACUCUUGAUCUACGAAUACAUGUCCAAUGGAAGCUUGGACAACUUUCUGUUUGGCGAAGCUCAAACUGUGUUACUGGAUUGGAGAGCAAGGUACAACAUCAUUCUCGGUGUCGCUCGAGGUCUACUUUAUCUUCACCAUGAUUCAAGAUUAAGGAUUGUUCAUAGGGAUCUUAAGGCAAGCAAUAUUUUGCUUGACAAAGAUAUGAAUCCCAAAAUAUCUGAUUUUGGCAUGGCCAGGAUAUUUGGAGGAGAUGAAUCUGAAUCAAUUACCAAGAGAGUCGUCGGAACCUAUGGUUAUAUGUCUCCCGAAUAUGUCAUGGAUGGAAUUUUUUCAAUAAAGUCGGAUGUAUUUAGUUUUGGAGUACUAAUACUUGAGAUAAUAAGUGGUAAAAGGAAUAGAAAUGUUGGACAAUCGAUGGAACAAUCAAACCUUCUAGGAAAUAUGUGGAUCAUGUCGAAAGAAGGAAAAUGCUUAGAUUUAGUCUAUACAAAAUUCAGCCAUCUGUUAUCCGAAAAUGAAGUGCUAAGGUGUGUAAAAGUUGGACUUUUAUGUGUCCAAAAGCAACCAGAAGAUAGACCAACAAUGUCUUCAGUGUUAGCAAUGUUGGUGAGUGUCGAUAAUAUUUCUCUCCUACCAGAACCUAAACAACCAGGUUUUUUUAAUCCAGGACUAUCAUCUUUAAGCUCAGAUUUUAGUAAUCAAGAGUUACUGUCUGUGAAUCACGUUUCAAUCACUGAAAUAGCUGGUCGUGAAGCUCUUGGAGUUAAAAUUGGAAGCCAAAAUGCAGUCUCAGUUGCUGCAUCUUCUGCAGAGGUCUCAAAAGAAGAUGAUGAUCUACAUCUGUUUGGCAAUGAGACGGAGGAAAACAGAGAAAGCAGCAAUGAUUAUCACAGAGAGACACGAGCUUUAUUGGACAUAAAGAGCGAACUGUUUAAGGCCAUUGCAUUUCAGUUUCUCAACCCCAAUGGGUCCACCAACCGCUACGUCGGAAUAUGGUACAACAACAUCCCCCACCAAACCGUCGUGUGGGUCGCCAACCGUCGGCCGCCAAUCACCGCCCGCUCUGGCAACCUCUCUUUGUCCACUAGUGGCACACUCAUCGUCACCGACGGAGACGCCUCGGCUACCAUCUGGUCUUCCGAGUUGCCGGCUUUGGCCCUCAGAUAUCCAGUCGCACGGCUACUCGACGAUGGCAACUUCGUGGUCCAAGAGGCUGGCAGCAACGGCAACGACGACUCUAACAGCUUCGCAUGGCAGAGCUUCGACUUCCCGACGGACACGCUCUUGCCGGGCAUGGUGCUGGGGCAGAAGCAACUUAGCACAAGGGUCAUCCUCAACAUCAACACCAUGGCCUGGAUGAGCUCCACGGACCCCGCUCCAGGCCAAUAUACCUUCGGAUUAGACGUGCGAGGCGACCCCCAAAUAGUCAUCUUGUUAGAUACACGACCCUUCUGGCGCGGAGGCACAUGGAAUGGACGCUUUUUCAGUGGUCUCGCAGAGGUGAAGGACGGCGCCGUCGGAUUCAUCAAUUUCAACGUGGAUAAAAAUCAGAUCAGCUGCCAGUCUUCGACCAUCGUGAGGUGGACCAUGAACUCCUCCGGCCAGCUACAACUCCUCGUGUGGAUCGAGGCUGAACAGCGCUGGAGUGUCAGUUGGUACAUACCCAAGGACCACUGCGAUCAAAUGUUCCCGUGCGGCCCCAACAGUUAUUGCAGCUCCAACAUCUCGCCGCCGUGCACAUGCUUGCGUGGGUUUCAUCCGAGGAAUCAACAUAACUGGGACAUGCUGGUCGGAGAAGCCGGCUGCAUGAGGACGAAGCCUUUGGACUGUCUAAAUAAUACCGAUGAAUUCUUCAGACUGAGUGUCACGAAGUUGCCCGACGCGUCCAGAUCGACAGUACUCAAUGCAAACUGGAACUUUGAGGAGUGCAGGUUUUUUUGCUUGAGCAACUGCGCAUGCAGAGCAUAUGCCGCAUCGAUCAUAAGUGGGAAUGGGAGUGGCAGUGGCAGUGGCAGUGGCUGCUUAAUAUGGACAGAGGAUCUCACUGAUAUCACCGUGAAUGGCAGUGGGCUAGGACAAGAUCUUUAUGUCAGAUAUGGAACGGCAAAUAUUUGUGAGCAACUAAGCAAAACUGAAUAUAUCAAAAUCUAUAUAUGUUGCAGUCUUUUUACUUAUUCUGUUAUAAACUGUUGUAAUCUUUCAGCAUCACCAUCUGAAGCCCGUCAUGCUAAUCGUAAUAUCUUAAUGUUUGUGAUUCUUCCACCGGCAAUUCUUUUCCUUGCUUGUGUUGCUUACUCGAUUUGGAGGAGGAAGAAGACAAGUUCUCAUAUUGACUAUGAAGCAGAAGAAAAGGACAUGGAAUUGCCAUUGUUUGACUUGACUACAAUUAAAGACGCAACCGAUGACUUCUCAGCAGACAACAAGCUUGGUCAAGGAGGCUUUGGCCCUGUAUACAAGGGUAAAUUGGGAGACGAUCAAGAGAUAGCAGUGAAAAGAUUAUCUAAGACAUCGUCACAAGGAGUGGAUGAAUUCAAAAAUGAGAUCACAUUGAUCGCGAAGCUGCAACAUCGAAAUCUUGUUAAGCUUCUUGGCUGUUGCAUCCAAGGAGGGGAAAGACUCUUGAUCUAUGAAUACAUGUCCAAUGGAAGCUUGGACAACUUUCUGUUUGGUGAAGCUCAAACUGUAUUACUGGAUUGGAGAGCAAGGUACAACAUCAUUCUCGGUGUCGCUCGGGGUCUACUUUAUCUUCACCAUGAUUCAAGAUUAAGGAUCAUUCAUAGGGAUCUUAAAGCUAGUAACAUUCUUCUUGACAAAAAUAUGAAUCCCAAAAUAUCAGAUUUUGGCAUGGCUAGGAUAUUUGGAGGAGAUGAAUCCGUAUCAAUUACCAAGAGAGUCGUCGGGACCUAGUGAGCAUAAAC